GGAAGUUCACAUGCGGAGGAGUAACUGACGCUAAGGUUCCCCGCGACACCUCCUUCCUCCUAAAACUUUCACUUUAAAUGAAAGAAGUGUUUUCCGUUCCUUUUUACCCACACUUUAAUAGUAACUCCACGAUACAAAUAAAUUAACCAGAAAGGGGAUAUCGUCCAUAAUCACAUCAUAUAAAGAUGUGGCGUGGCAAUAAAAUAUUAAAAAUAAUAAUAGCAAUCCAGCACUUUUGUGUUGCACUGUUUAAAGGAUAAAUACAAUCCGAGGUCGAAAAUAAAGUGUGACAUUUGACACAGUAUGCUGCAAAUUCUGUACACCAAACAUAAGCUCGAAAAAAAUGCAUGAUAAUUUACAGGCUCUAAGUUUAGUUCCGAACUUACGUGGGAAAUAAGCAUAAAUGUGACGGUUACUCAUUUGCAUCAGACCUGCCUCGGCGCGUUAUCUCCUCCUGACAACAAAGAAACUUGGAGUCAGGAAGCCUUUAUUCCUAAAUGAAAAGCAGAAACAACUGUGAUGUAGAGAGAACAGAAGAACUAAUGCGCAUCUGCCGCUGUCUCGCAACAGACUGCGAAGCAGAGCGCAGUAGAACACGAAUCUCCCCUCGCUGUGGCACGGACACCCUGCAGUCUGUCACCGCCAGACAGGCACAUGUGGGCACCUUUGAGGCGCGCUGGGUAUUUGUGUACACUAGGAUGUUGAUGUAAGGGGGGAAGAGGGCGGUGAAAGUGUGCCGGGCCGGGCCAGUGUCGUGCGCAGCUGCUCUCGCUCUCAGCUAAGCGCCUCACACGUGCAGAGAGGACUAUAGUGCGUAUCGGACACGAUUGGAGACCCUCCGCGCACUUGUUGCCAGCUUUGGUGAUGCCAUGCCCAGGAACCACAGCGGAGACGAAGGCGGAGGCGGAGGUGGGGGCAGCGGGCUCUGGAUGAGAGCAUCACCCAGGCAUCAUAACGAGGGCUACGGCAUAAAAGAUGUGGAGUCCGGACGAAAGAUGAUGAUGAACAACGCGGGAGAGGGGUUGCUGUCCCCUUCUGCCAGCACCACAGCCAGCGGCGGCACCAACGCCGCUGGUGGUCGCGGCUCGGACAGCCUGGCAGGGAAGCAGGGAGCUCGACUCAGCCUCCUGGGAAAGCCGCUGGUGUACAGCGCCCAGAGCGGCCGAAGAAACGUGCGCUACCGGCGGCUUCAAAACUACCUAUACAACGUCCUGGAGAGACCCAGAACCUGGGCGUUCAUCUACCACGCUUUCGUGUUCAUCUUGGUAUUCACCUGCCUGGUCCUUUCUGUGUUCUCAACCAUCCCGGCUCAUCAGGACAUCUCCUCCAACUGCCUACUAAUUCUGGAGUUUGUGAUGAUCGUUGUGUUUGGUUUGGAGUAUAUCAUACGCAUCUGGUCGGCAGGAUGCUGCUGCCGCUACAGAGGAUGGCAGGGCCGUCUGCGCUUUGCCAGGAAGCCCUUCUGUGUCAUAGACAUCAUAGUGCUGAUCGCGUCAGUGGCAGUGGUGUCGUCGGCAGGCAGCCAAACCAACAUGUUUGCCACCUCAGUCCUGCGGAGCUUGCGCUUCCUGCAGAUUCUUCGGAUGGUUCGGAUGGACCGAAGAGGUGGGACCUGGAAGCUGCUGGGAUCUGUGGUGUACGCUCAUAGUAAGGAGCUGGUAACUGCCUGGUACAUCGGCUUCCUGGUUUUGAUCUUCUCUUCGUUCCUCGUCUACCUUGUGGAGAACAAGUUCAACAAAGAGUUUGCCACCUAUGCUGAUGCGUUGUGGUGGGGCACGAUCACCCUAACAACCAUCGGCUAUGGAGACAAGACACCAAAGACAUGGACAGGACGGAUGCUGUCCGCAGGGUUCGCACUCCUGGGUAUUUCCUUCUUUGCCUUGCCUGCUGGUAUUCUGGGCUCAGGCUUUGCCCUGAAGGUUCAGGAGCAGCACAGACAAAAGCACUUUGAGAAGAGGAGGAACCCUGCAGCCUACCUCAUCCAGUGUGUUUGGCGUAGUUAUGCAGCUGAUGAGAACUCGGUUUCCGUUGCUACCUGGAAGCCUCACUUGAAGGCGUUGCAUACCUGCAGCCCUACAAAGAAGGAUCAGGGCGAGUCAACCACCAGUAAAAUUCAUAGUAAUAAGCAGAAGCUACUGAGGAGUUAUACCACUCGGAAACAUAGCCAAAAGUUAAGCUUCAAAGAGCGUGUGAGGAUGGCAAGCCCCCGCGGUCAGAGCAUCAAGAACCGCCAGACAUCCUCUGUAAAUGACCGGCGUUCUCCAGUGGCCGACAGUGGCACAGAGGGCACCAGUCCUGCCAAGGUUCAAAAGAGCUGGAGCUUCAACGACCGCACGCGCUUCCGACCUUCGCUCCGGCUCAAGAGCCAGUCUCGCUCCACCACUGAUGCAGCAGACUCUGCUGUUACAGGGGACGAUGCCUUUGAUGAUAAGGGCUGCCACUGUGAGAUCUCUGUGGAAGACUUGCUGCCCUCCGUCAAGACCGUCAUCCGAGCUGUCAGGAUCAUGAAGUUUCAUGUAGCGAAGAAGAAGUUUAAGGAGACUCUGCGACCAUAUGAUGUCAAAGAUGUGAUUGAACAGUACUCUGCCGGUCACUUGGACAUGCUGUGCCGCAUUAAGAGUCUGCAGACCAGGCUGGACAUGAUAAUUGGCCCACAGACCCUGAGCAUCCCAGCUAAGACCUUUUCCUCCCCGUCUUUGUCUGUGUUUUGCAGCCAGGGGAGGAAAAACUCCAUCAGGGGGGUGGACCAAAUCCUCGGGAAGGGUCAGGUCCCUCUGGAUAAGAAGAUACGAGAGAAGUUGCUGUCUGAUGGAGAUAUGUUGGAGGACAUGAGCAUGCUGGGUCGUGUCUGUAAGGUGGAGAGACAGGUUCAGUCAAUUGAGUCAAAGUUGGACUCUCUGUUGGACAUUUAUCGUCAGGUUUUGCGUAAAGGCUCCUCUUCGGCUCUCACUCUCUCUUCGCUACCCCUGUUUGAGCUGGAGCAGACCUCUGACUACAACUCUUCAGUCUUUAGUAAGGACCUCUCCAGCUCAACUCAGGUCAGCUGCGGUGGAGCGCUUCCCCUGAGCGGCUACGCCACACGCUCAUCAACCAACUCCCAGCUCUCCCAGGGAGGGCUUCACCUCAUUCUAGCACCUCAGAACGAACUCAACCUUAAUCUCCAUGCCUCAUCGUCCACACCUCCCUCGGGUCUCGCAUCUUCCCCUUUUAGCCCCUCACCACUGCCUCAUUAUCAUCCUCAUCUACAACAUCAUAAGCAGGGUCAGGCCACAUCACCUGAAAGUGGCACUGACGAGGCUGUGGGGAGCUCCCCUACUGUCCUCACCCCGAACAGUACUAGCAGUUCUGGGGGCCGAGGAGUAGGAGAUGAAGGCUUUCCUCUUUUGGCAAGGCUUCCGCCGCCCCCUUCCAGACAAACUGUUAGCCCUGGCAAACUGAUCCAAGCAACCUCUAGAGAGACUUCUCCUGAAAUUAAGAGCUUCUGCAGAGGUCUACAUAGCCACACAGAAGACAGUAAUGUUGGGAAGGUCCUUGGACUUGAGUUUGGAUUGAGCACAUUAGGGCAGAAGUUACAAGGGAACACUAAUGGUACUGGCAGGCUUAACGCAAAAGAAGAAGGCUCCUGGAGGAGGCAUAUGAGUCUCGAGCUGGAGCCACUUAUGCCACCAGCACCAGGUUGUUGCUCGAGGCCCAUCCAUAUGGACCAGGGAAUGGGCAAAUCCAUGUCAGUGCAGGACCUGGUUCAGGUAGGUGCUGUUCAUGACGCACACCAAAGCCACAGUCUUUCAUCUCCAAGCCCAAGUACAAGCAGUGACUCUCCAACAGGCUUCAACAGUUGUUGCCAAGACCUUGCCGUAGAGAGUGGUGGUACAAGAAGAGGAUGUUGGGGUGAGGAGGACCUCUUUAUCAGUGACAGGGACAUGGAGGGGCAAGGGUUUGACUUUUUGUCACAGGGGACAUCUGAGGCUCACUCAUUUUCUUCUGAGCACCUGAGGACAGCAGAUAGAGCGGGGGUAGGGACCCAGGACUCUAAUCGGAGCCUGGCUGGUGGUCCAUCAUCGUCAGCCUCCACUGGCAACGUCGAACUGCUGAACAUGCCACACGUACGGCUAAAAUAGACCCACUAAACAUUUGGAACAAACACAAAUCUCACCUCAGAGACAGUUUUUAUCUUUUUUUAGAGGCGAGAUUGAUGGGUGGGUGGGAAUUUUACAUGGGGUCUUGUCUUCUUUUGUUUAUUUUUAUCUUGGUUCUCUUGAUAAGAUUCCGUUUUUUUCGUACAGGCUAAUCAUGUUGGCAUGAGUUACUCUGUGUUUAAUGUGUGUUUGUUGGAUCUGAGAUAAAAGAUGAAUGCCAAAAAAACUGAGAAAACGAUUUUUGAAUUAAAUUAAGUAAUGGAUGGGUCGAUGUGCUAUGUAGCAUGAACUGCAUGUUUUCAGUAAAGCACAGAUAAGAAACUACACCUACAAGCAUGGCCACCCACCACCUUAAUAGUUUAUUGGGAAUUAAAAAGCUUGUUGUCGUCUAUGACAGCUGAGAAACGUGGGCAUUUUGUUUUUUAUAAAUUCAUAUCCACUUUAGGAAGCCAGAUCUCUGCAAGUAAUUGAUGUAACCUGUGUUCAUUUGGAAUACAGAAAAUACAUAUUUCACAAAAUCCACACAUUUUAGGCCUCUUUUUGCAUAAUGUUCAUUGAACAAUCCAGUUAAUAAGUGUGCACAAAUAUGAUAAAAUGCUAGCUUUUUGUGAUGAUAAAGAUCAUAAAAAAGACCAUAAAAAAUCCUUUCUGAAAAUGUCGACAGUGCAGCUGAAAAAAAUCAACAUUUCUGCUUUUGAGUGAAAAACAUUUCCUGGUGCAAAUUUGUACACACCCUCUAAACUUUAACAAUGUAAAAAGUCCCUUUGAUUCAGUUUCAAUUUGGAAAAACAGGCUAUGGUCAAAAAACUAAAAAUGAUUGUCCAAAAUCUUCACGUGUCAGCAAGAACCUAAGAUAUAGAGGGAUGUCAUUUUUCAGCAUCACAAUCAAACCACUUUACAUCCAAAUCAACAAAUGAAUGGCUAUUCUUGAAAGAAACCUUUUGGAAUAGCCUAGCAGAAGUCCUGAACUCAAACAGAAUAUUUGUAGGAUCAUCUGAAGAGGGUUGUAGACAAGAAAUGUUCUCACGGCCUGACAUUUCACAUUUGAAGACUUUUUCAACUAAGAGCAGGCCUGCGUUAUUGUUUUCUCAAGUAUGGCAUGGAUCAAAAUCAACUAAGUAUUUUUUAUAUUUCUCCUCUGACAUAUUUAUUUUUCAGUGGAAUUAGUUGGGAUAUAAGUGAAAAUACAUUUUGACUCAUUUUUGAAAAGAUUCUUCAUGGUCUAAUGUUUUUACAUCACAAAGUACCCUGCAAAAUAAUGAGUGGGACUAUACCUUUGUAUGUGUUCACUGUGCAAUUUGUAAUGAGCAACUACUUCAGUAUCUCCAGAGCAAAAUUGAAUAGUAGUAAGCAGACCUUCUUACAUCAAAAUGUAAGACCUGAUUUUUUUUAUAGGCAUUGAUUAGCUGUUUUUUCUAAAAACCCGUCAUGAAUUAAUUCUCUGUCAGAUUAUUUCAUGCAAAACAUAGGAUCAGAACUACACAGCCAAUCUCCGUAACAGAAGAACACACAAUCUAACUUCAUGCUAUACUGCCACAAUAAUUGUUAAUGUCUGUCAAUGUCUAAGCUCCAUCCUUCAUACAUGCUUUUUCAAAUGAGUGGGGGCAUCUAGGACACUUGAAGUAAUUAUGCCUUGUCCAUUUUACUUCAUCUCUGUGGGGCUCCUCAUGAUGCCAUCAUUUCCUAAAGCUGCUGUGAAAAUAUUCUGAAAGUAUGAUUUUAGGCAUCAAAUGCAUCUGUAUUUAAUUAAAAAACAUCUUUCAGAUAACAGUUUCACUAUUUUAUUUUAUUUUUUUUUGUAGAACUGCAACCUUUGUUAAAACUACACCUAUGUGGACAGGGAACAGGAGCAGCUGCUUUUAUGACCAGAUAAAUGUUACACAGUAAGGAUGGUUGAGCAAUGGAGUGAAACAUUUGUUGAAUGUCAUUUUCUGGCUCACAACUUCUGUUAGAAAAUAUUUGACCUUUUUAUUUCAGACACAAAUACCCUUUUUUGCCAUCUGCUUUAAACUAACUCUUGAUGGAGAUUAUUUUUGGCUUCUUGAACUGGACUUGAGAUCCGAAUGUGUAUCUUAUUGAUAUUAACUUGAGGUUUCUUGAACUGCUGAGCAGUGAAAAUACAACUUACCACUAUUUUUCCCUUUCUGUUGUAUGGAGUAGAACAAGAUGCAGUGACAAGGCCUUACUAUUUUUAAAUGUUUUUACUAAAGCAUCCAAAGCCUGAUUAGUUCAUGAUCACCUUGGUACAUUUUGUAGAUUUAUAUUAAAUACUUCAAACCAGGAAUAAAAAAUACAAUCCUGUAUCAUUUUUAAGUAAGUAAAAUUAAAAAAUGUGGGUGUGUGUGUGUGUAUGAGAGUAGAAAGGACCAUACCUUUUUAGUCUGUCAGUUUAACAGAGCAUUGCUUAUAUCUGUUUAUACUUAUCCUCUUAGCUGUAAUAUGGAUUUAAGCAAAAACUUGAAAGGCCAAAAUGUGUCAUUACAUGUGCUACCAUUGAACAAAAAUGAUCAACUCUUUGUAAAAAAAAUUAGAAAUGCAGCUGCACGAUCUUAUAGAAAAACCAAAGCAGUAAUCAUUAGUUAAAUGUUGUUUCUAAUUUAAAACACACAUUAUAUUUUUCUACUUUUUAAGCAUAGUAAAGAAAAGCUCACCAAUGUGACAGAAGAAAAAUAAAUGUGGAAUGUUUCUCACAUUUGCAAUUUGGCAAGAAUCAAAUGUUAAUUUGAUCAACUAUAUUGUUAGAAAUAAACUAAAAUAUUUAUUGUUUCAGUUUAAGUUCUAAUUUGGUCUUUCUAAGUUUGAUAGAUUUCGGGGGGUUUUUUGCUGUGGAAUAUAAUGCAUAAAAAUAUGCUGCAAGUUACUAGAUUAAGGGAGCAGUUCAGUAAACAAUGUCAGCUAAAGAAAAACAUCCAGUUAUGAUAUCUGUGUGACUGAUUGGUUUGUCCCUGAUUCAGAUUUAUCCUUUAAAGUUUUGGAAACAGGGAACAGGCAUCAAGAAACUGCAGCUUUCCACAAACCUACUAUAGUUAUUGGGCUCUCUUGUUUUUUCCAUUUUGCUUUCAACAGUUCCUAGUUUUACUAAGUAACUAUGAUUUUAGAAAAUACAAAAAAUAAAAAAAGACUUGCAAGAAUGGCUGUAAAAUGUCAGCUUAACUGUAAAAAUAUGUAACUAUUCCAAAAAAUGUUACAACACUACUUAAUUAUGAUGCAGCUUUAAAAGUAUGUUUUCAAAGUGAAGUGUAACAUACAGUAUGUAUGAAAUUGAAAUGUGAGGUAUGCUUCUUUGCACAGCACAUUCUACCUUUAGUUAACAGCAUAAUCAUUUUUUUUUACUGUUUGUGCAUAAGUUUGCUCUCAUUAAAAAACAAUUAUUUUCCCAUUGACUUUUAAAUGUAUUUUGCAUGAGGCUUUCAUGUUCAAAUGGAUCUUUAACUGAAAAGAUGACAAGUUUCUUAGAAUCUUAAGUAUUUUGGUUUUAAAACAACUGGAUUAAGAGCAUCCAAACUUUUUUUUUAGGUCUACAAAAUAUUCAUAAAAUCCUGUAUUCUGGUGCCUUGCUUUUGUGAUACAUUCGUGUUUUAGUUUUCCGGAAGGUGCAUCUGAUUUGUGACAAAAAGUCGCUGCACAUUUCAGGUCAUCUAUUUGUGGCAUAGUUCUUUUUUUAAAAAAAUAAUUUUGCAAGUGGGCAUAAAAUGGGCAAUUGCCAUGUUAAGGUUUUGUCUUAUUUUUUAUUUAUUUAAAUUAUGUCCACAUAUUUACACAUUAGUAAUAACCUUGGUUAGUUUAAGGAAGCCUGUAAUGUAAUAGCAAUGCAAAUGAACUCUUAUUCUCAAUCAAGAAUAAAAGAAAUUCUUCAAGAA